UUCACAUGACGGCACCCUCCUCGCGAUCUCGAGGCAGGACUAGAAGGUGUGGUGUUGGGAGAGUCUGCUUACUUUCAUCACUACUGGCAUCACGAGUUUCUCCCUCAAUUCGUUCUUCUCGUUCUACACCGAUUCCGUUCGCUCACUCACACUCUUGGUCAGGGCGGGGGUCGCUCAGACCGAAAGAGCCUUGAUAUCCGCGAUGACGCAGAUCCUCACCGGCAAGUCGGCAGGAGGCGUCCUGCAAGUACCAGCAGCUGCGACGCAAAAGAAUGCCUCAGCGACAACUAAGAAAGCCCCCAAGCCUCCCGUGCCGCGACUGAAGCUCAUCAUUAGGCGCCUUCCGCCAGGGUUGACCCAGGCCGAGUUUGAGACCGCUCUCGGCCCCGAUUGGAAGACUGGAGCUGGAAAGGUCGAUUGGUUUGUCUACAAGCCGGGCAAGGUGUCUAAAGAGUAUAACCCGUCAUUCCCCUGGGCUUGCUGUGGACUAAAUCUAAUCGUCACAAAUAGUUCGGCCAAACCAUCUCGACCUUCCCGAGCUUACAUCCGCGUCGUUUCCGGCGAACAUACUCUCCCGCUUUCCACCCAUGUUCGGCAGACGUCCUUCCAAGAUGCCCGCAACACUUUCAAUGACAAUGUUCUUGUGGGCCCCCCCUCGGUCGAGUUUGCGCCGUUUGCCAAAACACCUGGCAGCCGUUCGCGCAAGGACGCUCGUCAGGGAACCAUCGAUCAGGAUCCCGACUUCAUCACCUUCCUUGAGAGCCUGACUCAGCCCAUUGCAAAGCCAUCUGCGCUCGACUCGGCUGCAGAUGCGGAGGACAAGAAGGACGCGGUGUUAAUCACGCCUCUGGUGCAGUACAUCAAGGAUAAGAAGGCCAACAAAGCAAAGGAGUCCAGCAAAUCCUCGCGCCACAAGUCAGACAAGGAUUCUAAAUCGGAGAAGGUUCAGGCAAAGAAGCUGCUUCAACGCUCCGACAAAGAGGUGACUCAGCCGGCCGCUGCAGAGAAGACGGAAAGGAAAAGCCGGUCUGAGAGGGCGACCAGGGAGGCCGUCAAGGUAGCGAAUAAGCAGGCGGCUAGUGUUGCGUCCAAGCAGGCCGCGAAGUCCUCGGGUUCGGGUUCGAAAGACUCUCCGAAAGAUACACCGCAGCCAACCUCGGAACGAAAGAGGGAGCGUGGGAAUCUCUCUGCGGCUGCCAAGAUUGUCCAACGUGAUCUUGGACUGGCUCCAGCUGGUGGCCGUCGCCGGGGCGGCAAAGGCACCGCGACUGCGGGCUCCGAACCCUCGAAGAAUGAGCAAGCCAACGCUACCACCUCAGAGCCGCCAAAGAAGGAGGCCUCCAGCAGGUCGUCGAAGGAUGCCAAUUCUUCGCAGAGCUCCAAGGGUAGAGGUCGUGGCCACGCUCAGCAACAGUCCAAUGAGCCAUCGGAGGCUGGUACACCCCCCGUCAGCAUAAUCUCGAAGCCUUCCAAAUCGAAAGGAAAACCGGCCCCGGCCGCCGCCGCAGCCACGGCUACUCAAGCCUUCUUGAAGCAUGCGAAUCCGUCCCAAGGUGUCACCGAGCCGUUGUUGGAAACUGCAUUUGCUGCAUUCGGAAAAGUCACAAAGGUUGAAAUCGAUAAGAAGAAGGGCUUUGGCUACGUCGACUUUGCUGAGCCGGAAGGAUUACAGAAAGCCAUGGCUGCAAGCCCCGUCACGGUUGCCCAGAGUCAAGUUGUCGUAUUGGAGCGCAAGGCAAACCCCGGAGGCGAGAAGGGUCGCGGUAAAGGUGGUCGUGGUGAUUCGCAGUCAAACACCGGCGGAGGCAAUGCCAAUACCAACAACAGCAAAAGCGAGAAGGCUUCCGAGGGUAAAUCCGGAGGGAACUCAUCUCGGGGACCGCGCGGUGGACGAGGUUCAAAGGGCAAAGGCGGCUCGAAGGGUGGCAGCGGUGGAAAUGCGAAUGCCAACGUCGGAAACACAGAGAACAAAGGCAGCGCGGACGCCAAGUAAAGGAGCUGGGAGUGUGCGAUCCUCGAUUGCAAACGAUCUUCCAGAGCAACAACAUGUAGAUGUUCGUCACUCGCGUGCUCUUCUCGCCUGCACG